UCAUUUGAUCCACAGAUUACUGAAGACGUGGUCUAUAAAUUAUGUCACAAAAUCACUUUGGAAUCGCUUCCAGAGGACGAACAGCUGAUCCAAUUCAAGACAGUUGUCAUUAUCGGCGCCGAUCUCUAUCUCUACCAACAGUUUAACACAAGAGUCCGAAACAAUGGAUCCAAUGAUAACAUAAGAUUAAUCUUUGCGAACAUGAGUCCAAUGUUUGGCUAUUUGUUUACCGAUUUUGGACCAAAUUAUAGACAUUUAACAUUUGAUGAGUACUAUAAGACAUCGGGUGAUGACAUACAUGUCUUGGAUAAAGUGAAACAAUGCAGAGAUGGGUACAGUUAUGAGACCUACAAACUCUUGAGAGCCAAAUUACUUCACAGGUUUUGUUUCAUGAAAUCCAUUAUUUCUGGUUUCAUUUGCGGACAACUCAUUGAUAAUUGUUGUAAACAAUUGAAACAAUUGCUUACAUAUGAAAUAGAGCCCAUACUUCUUGAGCAUCGGUUUGGAACCACUGAACCAAUUGUUAUCAUAGGAGUGGGUUCUUUGGGUUUUUGUAUUGUAAAACAUUUGGUCAAAAGUGGUGCCAAAAAUUUAGUUCUUAUUGAUUCGGAUUUCGUUCAUAAAUACAAUAUAAGACUUAAUCUGUUCCGCGAACACCAUAUUGGGCUCAAGAAGUGUGAUGUCGUCAAAGACUUUGCGCUUAGAGUUAAUAAAGACAUUACUGUUGAGAUUCACUGUCGAAGAAUACAAGAGAUGAGCCAUCAUUUGUUUGAUGACUUGCGUCUGAAGAAAGGUCUCAUAAUUAGUUGUGUCGACUCCACAGAAACCAAACGCUUUAUAAACAAAACCCAACAAAACCCAGAGUACCCGCUCUGUGUCCUCAAGUCAUUCCCGCAAACCAUUGAACACUGUGUCGAGUGGUCUAAGACUAAGUUUAAUAAUUGGUUUAAUAGACGACCGAAAAGAGCCAACGAUUGGACGGAAUGUCUUCGCGUCUCGCGAAUGACUUUUGAGAAGUUUUUUAAUCAAAAACCAAAACAAUUGUUAUUUGUUUUGCCGUCGAAUCACAAGAGUGAAGACGGAUCAGACUUCUGGUCCGACAAACGUAUACCACAUCCGAUUGUCUUUGAUAUAACCAACGAUUCGCACAAAACAUUUCUUACUUCUUGCGCACAACUUAUCGCUAGAGUUAAUGGCAUUCAAAUGACAGACAAUACAGUCGUUUGCGAUGCCAUAAACUCGUUGGAAAUUCCAGAGGCAGAGAUGUAUGGCAUCGAAAAGGUGUCAAUUGAGAAGAUUUACCACAUUUACAAUCAAAGCAUUCAUUGUUUGAAUUCAACGAUAUUCACCGCUUCGGCUAUGGUUUCAAUUGAAUUAAUAAAAUUGUUUCAAAUGAACGGCAAAUAUAAAUUGAAUAAGUUGCAAAAUGUCAAUCAUUUUUACAAUUUGUGUGAAUUUGAAUGUAAUGUUUUGUCGGCGCCUUUGAAACUAAUGUCAACAAAACUCUCGGAUACCUAUAGUUUUACAGAAUGGGAUCAAUUGGUGAUCAAUGAAUCGGAUGGUGUGUCCACUCUUAAGGAGUUACUCAAUGAACUCGAAGCGCGAACGCAAUGUAUUUGUUUAGGACUUGUGUUGAAUGAGACAAAGUCUAUAUAUUUGCCACAACUCUUCCCGCAUCACAACAAACGCAGGAAACAAAACAUUAGAGAUCUUAUCGUUAAUUAUUACAACACUAUUCCAGAGGUUCGGGCGGUGAGGGAAACGUGGGGUAAGAGAUGUGAUAUUCUGUAUUUCGUAAGCAUUGAAGAAAAUGCUGAAUUACGACCAGUUGUCGAUCAGUGCGAUAACGAUGAUCACGACCCCAUUUUGUGCCAUGAUCAAUUGAUCAUUAAAUACGUGGUCAACAAAUACAACAAUCAAUUUGAUUGGCUCCUCACAGUCAAUGACUUCUCGUACGUUAUUACCGAUAAUUUAAGACAUUUGUUGUCCGAUUACGACCCAAACGAUCGCAUUUGGUUUGGAUAUCCUUUUACCAAAACUAUGGUCAAUGAUCUGAACGUAACUUUAAUGAGUAAAAAAUUAGGUUAUUUAGAGACGGCUUUAGAGCAGUUAGAGUUUGGAAAAUGUUUACUUGAAUUGAACAUAAAAUUGAUGGAUGAGAGAGACGACCUAGGUCGGCAUCGAUUACUACCAUCACAUCCAGGCGUUAUGCUUAACGUUACGAGCAGUCUUGAUAAGCCAUUCAAAUGGCUAAACAAAUAUAAUUCAUCUGAAUUUAAUCUGUAUUGUUUAGGGUAUGAAUUGUUGCAGUACUUCAAGCAUAUGGUGGCAAACAAAGAGUCAUCAAGAGAUACAAAGUUUUCAAAUCAU